UCUGACUUGCAUUAAUUUUAUUUUAUUUUAAUUGUUCUUCCCUUUUUGGCUUUUACGCCGAAGUUGAAAAGUGAAAACCCUCUUAAUCUCUUGUGCAUUGCUUUGGACUGCGUUGAUUUGGCUUGCAUCGUGAGUAUUUCUCAUGUGAAGUUCUGAAUUACGUUGAAAACUGCAUGUUUCGUCGUUUGUUAUUUACCUAGGGUUCUGAUAUAAAUAUUAUUCUGUUAUGCUUUACAGGCAACAAUGUGCUGCUAAACAGAUGGCAAAUAGUACAUGUUCUAGCUCAGGUUCAAUGAAUUCAAAACAGAAGCCAAUAAAAGAAAAGAGUGUGAAACAAUUGACAUUUGAAGCUAAGGAAGUCAAUGACAAUGAAGAGCACGAUUUGGGAACUUCACGCUUAGAAACAAAGAGAAUGGAUGCUCGCUGGUACCGGUCUCUGUUUCGAAAACCAAAAAAUGGUAAGGUUGACGUGCCUCAAAGGGUUCAACCUGAUAUCUUUAGAAACGAGACAGCACAAAUGCCAGAGUCAAGGAAUCCAUUACUGGAUGAAGAUUUAGUUAGGAAGGAUGUUGGGCAUGAUGGAGAAAAAUCGACUCAUUCUAAGAGAAAUGGAAUCAUGUUGGACACGGGUUCAGAUCUUUCUACCACAUUGGCUGAUGAUGAUGAUUGCAACCUCACCCCUUCAAGGUUGCGUGACAAUAUUGUAGGGACUGGUGGGUCAUGUUCCAAACGGAGAAGGUUGGAUUGUGAUCCUGUGGUCUCAUCUAACCCUUCUACAACUGAGCUUCAGGAUGGAGUUGAUACUGAUGCAAGUGUGUUGCAAAAGGAAUAUCCUGUAAAUUCACCAAAAGAAGUCACAAAGCACACAUGUCUAAUUUGCAAGAGUGGUGGACAGCUAAUGUUUUGUGGUGGAAAAGGAUGCAGCGGGUGCUACCAUUCUUCUUGUCUUGAGCCACCCCUGGUCGAUGCCUCCAUUGGAGUUUGGUAUUGCCAUUUCUGUGUGAGGAAGAAGAUUGAACUUGGUGUAUAUUCUGUAUCGGAGGGAGUAGAAUCAAUUUGGGAUGUCAAAGAAGUUUUGACAUCAAAUUCUGAUGGGUCUACUAUUGCUCGGAAAGAAUAUCUAGUGAAAUAUAAAGGCGUUGCUCAUGUUCAUAAUCGAUGGAUACCGGAAAAUCAGUUACUUCGUGAAGCUCCUUCACUUCUUAAAAACUUUAAUAUGAAAAAUCAGGACCGAAGGUUGAAGCUAGAAUGGAGUCUACCUCAUCGUCUGCUGCAGAAGAGAGCAAUAAUCCAUUCCACACAGCAAGAUGAUCACAACAUUAAUGAUGGAGUUCAAAACUUAAACUGUUCCUACGAAUGGCUUGUGAAAUGGCGUGGUCUUGGUUAUGAGCAUGCUACAUGGGAGUUGGACAAUGAGUUGUUUCUUCGUUCACCUGAAGGUCAGAGGUUAAUCAGAGGCUAUGAAGAGUGUUUCCAGAGAGCAAAGAGAGCAGCUUCUUGCUCCAGAGUAGAUAAUGUGCCACAGAUUGAUCAACUCAAGGAGCAGCCGUCAAGUCAUAUUGCAUAUAAGUGCAAGUCGGACUCUUUCAAGUUUAUUGAGUAUUGGGUUCCUGUCCAGAUAUCUCAUGUGCAGCUUGAGCAGUAUUGUGCUACUUUACAUUCAAAUGCUUCAAUUCUUCGUUCAUCAGCAAAGACGGAUAUCGAUGCCCUUCGUGACAUUAUUAUUACGGCCCGAAAGUGUUGUAUUCAUCCUUCUAUUGUUGAUCAAACACUGAAAAGUCGACUUACUGUUGGCCUUGAUGAGGCUGAAUUCAUCGAUGUUGAUAUAAAAGCAAGUGGCAAGCUGCAACUACUUGAUUCGAUGCUCAUGGAGUUGAAGGCUAAAAGCUUAAGGGGUCUGAUUCUUUUUAAGUCUAUUGGUGGUUCUGGGAGGGUUUCUGCAGGAGAUUUUUUGGAUGACUUGUUACGGAUAAGAUUUGGUCCAAACUCGUAUGAACGGGUUGACAAAGGUCUUUUAGUGUCCAAGCAGAAAGAUGCCAUGAGGAAAUUUAACAACAAGGAUGAUGGACGGUUUGUUUUUCUGUUAGAUGCAUGUGCCUGCCGUCCAGGCAUCAGAUUAUCAUCACUGGAUACUAUUAUUAUAUUUGACAGUGAUUGGAACCCAACUAAUGAUAUAAGAUCCCUUCAGAAGAUAACAAUUGAUUCACAGCCCCAAGUGAUAAAAAUAUUCCGCUUAUAUUCAGCCUUCACUGUGGAAGAAAAUGCCUUGAUCCUAUCAAAGCAAGAUAGGAUACUUGACAGCAAUUUACUGAACAUAAGCAGGACUACCUGCCAAAUGCUGUUGAUGUGGGGAGCUGCUUCCCUAUUUGAUGAUUUGAAAAUUUUCCAUCACAGUGAAACUUCUGUUUUGGGUCAGAAAUCUUCAUCUGGGCAACAACAUCUGACAGAAACAGUCCGUGAAUUAUCAUCAGUACUAUCUCAGGACGUUGAAACAAGAAACUGUUCAGUUUUAUUAAAAGUCAGGCAAAAUGGGUCAACAUACCGGGCAGAUUUUCCUUUGCCUGGUGAGAUGAAAAAUAAGAUACAGGAGGAAGAGCUUCCCCAUAUUUUUUGGACAAAACUUUUUGAGGGGAAACAGUUUAAGUGGAAGUACUCUUGUAGUUCAUCUCAGCGGAGCCGAAAGAGAGUAGAUCUUUUUGAUGGUAGUGGAGGUAUAGCAAAAAAGCGCCGGAAAGUGAAAAACAAUCUUAUGGACCAGCCUUCUUCAAAAUCUGAAGGUUUUAAGUUAUCUACGGGGAUCAAGACAGAUAGACUUGGAUUUGAUGAUGUCGAAUAUGAGGAAACAACUAGACUGCGUGAUGAGCAGAGGAGCUUAUAUCUUUCUCUGAAGCCAGAGAUCAAAAAGCUUUGUGGCGUUCUUCUUCUCCCUGAUAACGUCAGAGAUAUGGUUGAUAAUUUUCUUGAAUUUGUUGUGAACAAUCAUCAUGUCAACAGGGAGCGAGAACCAGUAUCAAUGUUACAGGCUUUUCAAAUAUCUUUGAUUUGGACUGUUGCUCCAUUGCUAAAGCACAAAGUUGACCACAGGGAUUCUCUUUUACUUGCAAAACAGCAUUUGGAUGUUGUCUGUAGGAAAGAAGAGGUGGAUUAUAUCUACUCAGUUUUACGCUGUCUGAAGGGACUUUUUUUACAUCGGAUGGGAAAUUCAAAGGAUGCUGGUUCUCCAAAAUCUCCUGAGUCAUCAAGGAAGGUUUAUUUAAAUAAAGAAGUAGCGCAAGAGGUUGACUUGUUUAAAAAUGAUGUGUUCAGAAGUAUUAGGGAAAUACGGAAGAAGUGCCAAGAGCAGUUGAAGAAACUUAAACGGCUGCAACAAGAAGAGAAGGAAAGAUUAGAAACAGCUUUUGAGGAUGAAAAGGCUGAAUUUGAGAAAAAGUACAAAAUAGAGUCAUUGGUUAUUCGGACCUGCUCUCCAAAUGAUGUGAUGAAGACAGAGAAGCUCAAAGUCUUGAACACUGAAUUUGGUUCAAAAAUUGAAGAACUAAAAUGUGAGCAUGAAACACGUCUAAAGGCUCUUGAGGACACACAUAUGGCUGCUAGGAAGAACUUCAAACAUAGAGAAGACGCAUGGGCACAAGAUGUAGAGGAUUGGGCAAAAAGUGAAUUGUCAAACAUAGAUGCUUCAAAGGAACUUGGGACGGCAGUUGAAUACACGCAGCUGUCUGAUCAGGAAAAUGCUCACAAGGGUUCAGAGAGUAUGCCCCUUGUGUCUGAUCAUUUGACUGACGAGAAGGGUCAUGAUAAUAACACAAAUGAGGCCAUGCCUAAUGAUGUUCAGGAUGAAGUUCAUUCUUCUACACACAAUAAACUAGAUGGGACUGUUUCAAGCCUGUCUUGUGAGAAUGCCGUGCAAACCCAUGGAGCUUAUAAUGGUUUGGAUAAUGCUACCACUGAAACUUCACAUUUACCUAAUGAAGGGAUUGCUGAUGGGGCCAUGGCAGGCAUAGUGAAUAGAGAUGCACCCAGAAAGCCUACCACCGUCACUGCUACUGAUUGUCUGGAAAAUGUUUCAGCUGAUAGUCCUCCUCCAUCUGUGGAGCAAGUAACUGAUGGAGUUGCUUUAAAUGAAAUUUUAGAUAGAUGUGCUACCCCAGAAACUAGCCACGAUCAGGGCAGAGUAAGCAUAUUGGGACGAGAGGUACCUGUGGAAGUGGAAACACAUAGGAUGGUCAAUUUUAGUGAAUGUCCCGUAAAUGCUGCUGCUGUCAAUCAUUUCUCAUCUGUGGAUCAAACAUCUGACAAAGGACCUAUAAAUGACCCAGAUAGUACUGUCUCAUCAUUCAGGUGUUGUCAAGCUGAUGGUCCUGAUAAAAGUUCCCUUUCAAAUCCACCUUUGGUACAAGAAGUUACUGAUGUAGUCUCUUUGAAUGAACCUGAUGGAGAUACUCAUGAAGCGGCUGAUUGUCAUAAUGAUACAAGGCCUUCCACAGACACUUCUUCAGUGGAUAAAAGUAGUAUGAUACCAGCCCAGCUGGAAGGAGUGCACCAAUCACCAUCUCUGGAGGCCCCUCCUGCUCAGGAUACUGCUGGAGAAGUGCAGAAUUCUUCUGAAAGAGCUGAACUAGUACCUAAUCUAGUUGGUGUUGUUCCAGCUAAUCAAUCAAAUUCAUGCAUCCUGGAGCCUUCCGAGAAUGAAGUUGAACAUCAGCCGAACAGAAAUAAUCUCCCCCACCACGAAACAGAGGUUUCAGCUGUGGUUCCUAAUCAGGAUGUUGUGCAGGCUGACUCAAAUUUAGAGCUUGGUUCACACUCGCAAGCAGUUGUGCACUCUGUCCUAAAUUCAGGCCAUGAUUCACUUGGGCCUGUUGGAGUCAGAAGAGAGGCUUCAAGUUCAAGCUUGAGAAAUUUGUCAACUCCUUCAGAAAUCAACAAUCAUCCUAUACAUACUGCAACUCAUUCAGCUUCUAGAAUGCCUCUGCCGUUGAGCGCCGAUCCACUUAAAAAUGAAUUGGAAAGAAUAAAAAAAAUUAUUGAACAACUGACCAAAAACCAUGAAGAAAUGAGAUCUAAACUGAAGUCUGAUUUCGAAAAGGAAUUGGAGGCACUUCGUAGGAAGUAUGAUAUUAAAUUUCAAUUGGUUGAGAAUGAAUUUCAACAAACGAAGAACAAGUUGGAUUCAAGUUACCACACAGUUUUGGUAAAUAAGAUGUUGGCAGAUUUUUUUCGGUCCAAAUGCAUGUAUCGUAAAACAUCUGAUGCAUAUGGAGUGCAGCAAGAUGCAGGUGUUGCCCAGCAGUCGAUUCAGCUUGCAAGACAACAAAGUGCUACUUUUCCUUCCCAGGUUGUUGCUGGUUCAUCUUCCCGGGGACCACUUUCUGCCAAUCUUCAUAGUCCAUCUGCUUUGGUUAGCUCUCAGAAUUCGCUCCCACCUUCAAAUGUUACUUACAAGACACCAAGUCCUCCUGCAAGACUUCCUCUUAACUGCAAUUCUUCACCCUCAGGGAAUUUUCCGAUUGCCAGUGAGAUGCGAGCCCCGGCACCACAUCUCCAGCCUUUUAGACCCUCGACACCUAUGCCGGCUCCUAAUCACCCUGCUCUCCUUCAUGGGAUUCCAAAUCAGGCUGCACCUAUUAACAUACCUGCGAUUGCUCCCACAUUGUCUUGUGUUCCAGCCCAACCAACUCCACUGACAUAUCAGUCUGAUCCUCAGAUGGCCCACCAGCCGAAUAGCUCUGUUGGAACUGGUGGGUUUUCCACCCUUAACUUACGAACCAUCAGCUUACAUGCGAAUGCCAACACUCAAUCUACUGUUUGUCUUCCAAGAGUUCAGCCAAGUAUGUCAGAAGUGGUUUCUUUGAACCCACCCAGAAUUGGCACCAGUGUUAGUGUGACUCCUAACUCAUCCAGUCAAGCUGCAUCUCUUGAAUUAGUCUGUUUAUCAGACGAUGAGUGAUGACUAACUCUAGAUGAAAUUUUGCAUACUUGUCCUAACAAUAGGCCACGAAAUAGAUUUUCUAAAGCCCUAUUUUUUUAUAGGUGAAAGCUUUUUAAAUCAAUUUAGGUGGGAAGGUAUUGUUGGAUCGAUGGUGGUAUCUGUAUUUGAUUUUUGGGGUUUUGGGUCCAACAUUUGCUAAUUAUUGAUUUUACGAUGUACAUAUAUGUAAUUAAUCUUACAUGCAAUGAAUAGAUGGAUGUUAAACGAAGCAUAUCGGAAUCUAAUAGUAAACUAAUGCAACUAGA